AUGAUAUUCUUCAUUCCGUUCCGUUCAUGGUGUUUACUUUCGAUCUUUCUGUCCACGCUCUUCGUUGCCCCAGUGCUUGCCAGUCCCUUGGCUCUCCAAAGUACUACUACGACCAUCGCCAGCGGCUCCGAUAGGCCGCUUGAAGCACGGGAUGAAAAUAUGUACAAAUCCAUACCUGUCAUAAUUCGCCGCCGCAUUGGCGAAGUUACAGUUCAACCAACGAAACCAGGUAACCCGAAAGAAGCUUGGGAAAUCUUUUUUGGUUAUCUCAUUCCAGGGUUCGUUGGUCACCUUGACUGGCAGUCUGAUCCCCACGCAUCGAAUUGGCCUUGGGUUAUCAGCAGGACUUCCGCGGGGCUUGAUCGUCGCACAAAACCAACCUUUUUUGUCGAUUUUGGGACCAAAGAUCAAAUGGCAUCUUUCAUUGGACACUUGAAGAAGCCUGACUUUCUGUUCCAGGGGAGAUUUGGUUUUAUUGAUGCUGUACGCAAAGAGUUGCUUAAAUACUUGUCCGAGCACGGCCUUCCAGUGCCAUCAAUACCGGAGCAUCUGGUGAGUGUACUUGAGAAAAUGCUAGAGGAGGAGGAGAAGGUGGAACAUACGGAGAUUGCUAAAGAGGUAGCAAAAUACAAGCAAAGUUACGUGGAGCAAUGGGACGAAAAACAGGCACAGGCUCAAAAUCGACCCGUAUGA